UUCUGGUUCACAUACAUGUGAGCACGAGGAGGAACUUCUUUGGAGUUCUCUCAUUUCUUUUUACUGAUUUUGCUAGAAAAGAGACAUCGUUUAGAAGGAUGUCCAGGCUCCUGAGGAUGUUGAGGAAGAAGGCUCUGCAGGUGGUCCCAGAGUCUGAGGGAAGCAGCUGCCACCUUCCCCGGGAGGAGAUCGGCCCCUUCAUCCCCGAUGGCGGGGAAGGAGCUCCCAGCCGGGCCAGGAGGUGGAAGUGCCCAGCCUUCUGGCAGAGGAAACCCGCUCCUGGCGCAGGCGCCGAGGUGGGAGAGGCACUGGCCAGGCCAAAAUGGAGCUGGCCCAGGAUGCAGCUGGGCAGGCAGGACCCAGCCCAGGAGGGGAGCCAGGCAGGGUGGCUCUGGGGCUUGUUGUGUCAGCAGCACCAGUCCCAGGAGCCCAUCCCUGAUUCCCAGCAGGAGGCAUCGCCCUGCCUGGUCACCGAGGACCUUCCAGCUCCCCAGGGCAGGAGGUGGAGGAUCCCUGUCCCAGCACCAGCAGCUCGGCCCACUCCCCAUGGGACAGCAGCAGCGCCUGGGACUCGGGAAGCAGCGAGGCCAAUGGACGCCAUUGCUUUGUUCCAGGAUGAAGCCCAGCAGCUCAUGUUCCUGCACGCCAUCCACCCCGCGUGUCUCGCUGCACAGCAGAGAGGGCAGGACACGCUGCAUCUGCACUGCUGCAAGGCGGCAGUGGUGGAGAGGAUUGUGGAGCUCGUUGAGGAGCUGCCAGAUAACUCUCCACCCGGCGCCGUCCUCACUAAUUCCCUCCUUGCUGUGGGCAACCUCAGCACCAUGACAACUUUCCUGGAGCCAGAGCUGGAGACGCACCUCCUGUGAGCUGCCCUGCAUGCCGUCUUCACCCUCGGCAUGGAGAAGGACACCACCCAAGUUCAGGAUCUGCAUAGAGUCUUGCCAGACCUCCUGGAUGCCAUGCUGGAGACCCUGCUGGCGGAGUCCCCAGACACCGACAGGCUCCACUACAUCUUGGAGGGCUGCCCAUCCAUGAGGCCGAAGACCUGUGGUGCUGGGACUGGCACCAGGACAGCAGGCUCCUGGGCUACAGGAACACAGCCAGGGUGGGGGAGGUCUUUGGAAAAUUCUUCUCGGAGGGGCAGAGAAGAUCCUUCCUCCGGACGGACAGCAGUGCUGGCUAUCCACGACCCGCUGCUGAGUGUCAGCCAGGCUGGGUUGCUCCUCGCCUGCUCCCUCCUGGGGGAAGCCCAGCAGCUGAUAGGGGACAAGGUAUAUCGAGGGAGCGAGCUGGUCACUGGAUUUCCCACUUCAGUUCCAGGGACUGAUUAAGCAGCCAAAGCAGGUCUAGGAGUUUCUCCAGCAGCUCCUAGAAAACCAACAGAAGCAGAAGGAAGUGCAGGCGGAGCUACAGACGUAGCAGCAGCAAUACCUGUGAGAGAUCCCGCAAAGGGAAAUCAACUCAGGGUCUACUAUGCCCAUGGACAAAAGAGCAGAUGCGGAGAGCAUGCCUGGGCUGUGCUGAGAAGGUUAGCCCAGGAGAGCAGGGCAUGAGAAAGUGUACAAGCGUGGCCUAAUGCCAAGAUGGGGACAAGAGUUCUUUGUUUUGG